GAUAGCACUUAUCAGGAAUUUUCGUCUCCUAAAUUUUCCGAAAAACUCACUUUUACUUCUCUCUCUAUUUCCCCCCUAAUUAUCGGUUUGUAUCGGAGGAAAAGAAAGAAAUAAAAAACCCUAAUUGUUUUUCAUCGGAAAACCACUGUUGGGCCUUAAAUCGGCUUCGAUUGGAGCGAUUAUAGAGCUUCAAUGGUGUGAGUCUGUGGAAGAUCUGGAGGAAGAGACGCUGAUACAGCAUAACCAAUGGCCGAUAAAGAGCUAGAAGAGCAACUUCUUGAAGCUGGUAACAAGCUCAUAGAUCCUCCGUCGUCGGUGGAGGAGCUCCUCUCACUUUUAGAUCAAGUUGAGAGUUGCCUAUCAAAGGUUGAGCAAUCACCUACGAACUCUAUGCAAAAUGCACUCUCUCCAUCAUUGAAAGCAUUAAUUUCGGAAAAACUUUUAAGGCAUUCAGAUGCUGAUGUCAAAGUUGCAGUUGCCUCUUGCAUCAGUGAAAUAACAAGAAUCACUGCACCUGAUGCUCCUUAUGAUGAUGAUCAAAUGAAGGAGAUCUUUCAAUUAACUGUAUCUUCGUUUGAAAAUCUACAUGAUAAGUCCAGCCGAUCAUAUGCUAAGAGGACCUCAAUUCUUGAAACUGUUGCAAAAGUCAGAUCGUGCGUGGUAAUGCUGGACCUUGAAUGUGAUGCUCUGAUUUUGGAGAUGUUUCAGCAUUUCUUGAAAGCAAUAAGGGAACAUCAUCCAGAGAAUGUUUUUUCAUCCAUGGAAACAAUUAUGACCCUUGUUCUAGAGGAAAGUGAAGAUAUAUCCCUGGACUUACUUUCUCCACUCCUGGCCAGUGUUAAGAAAGACAAUAAGGAAGUUUUUCCAAUUGCUCAGAAAUUGGGGGAGAGGGUUCUUGAAAGUUGUGCAACCAAGCUUAAACCCUACUUAGUGCUAGCAGUGAAAACCUUGGGUAUAUCUGUGGAUGAUUAUAGUAACGUACUUGCUUCAAUAUGCCAAGAUACAUCUGAUAGCUUGGAGAAAAAUGAUGAAGAUAAGAGCGAAUCAGCAAAACAGUCACUGGAGGAGUCAUCAACGCAAGGGAUUAAAGAGGAUGCAAGGGAAGCGGAACCUUCUCACCAAGAUAAUCAUGUUGGGGAUAGAUCUCCCAAAUCGGUCAUGAGCAAUGGUGUUGCAUGUGUUGGAGAAGAAAAUGCUUUAGCAGAUUCCAAGCCCAUUAAAAAACAAGAAGAUGCUGAUUAUUCUGAUCACUCCAAAGGUAUGAAUAUAUCUGAUCAUGAGGAGCUCAAAGAUUUGGAAGCUGGAAAAGUUGACAAUAGUGAACAAAAGCCAAAACAAGGCCGCAAGAGGCGAGGAAGGAAAUCACACUCUUCAAUGGCAGAACCUUCUUUGGUUCAAAUUGUUACUAAUGAGAAGGAAGCUCACAAAGUGCUUGAUUCUGAAAGUAACAUCAAGGAAGUUCCCAGUUCCCCUCUCGAGGACCAUUCUGUUGGAGCAGCAGGACCUUCAGAGAAUGACAAAGAGAAUGAUGAUAAGAUUUCAUCACCAAAAGCACGAGAUGUUGAAUCCGAUGCUGUUGUUUCUCCUUCACCGACUGAGAGCCUCCACAACUUAAAUCAUUCCAAGAAACUUGGACGAGCAAAAACAAAAGAUGGUCCUGCAAAAGAAGGGGCUGGAGAGGAUGUUUCAAAGAAGGAGUCUGAAGGAACAAGUGAUUCAGAAGCCAAACUUGCCAGGCGGUCAGUGAAAAAGACACUUGGUCAGAACUCUGAUGUGAAAAAAACUACUGUGGAAGAUUCAGUCAAAAAAGGAAAUGGGGAUGCAAGUGACAAAGAUGCUAAAAAGCACUCGGUCAAGAAAUUAGAUGAAAAUGACAGGGUUGGUGGUGGGUCCUCUUUAAGGCUGCCAGAGGACAAGAAAAAGUCAGGGCGGGGGAAAGGUAACUCUGAAACAAGUGUAGCAAAAACUUCUGGUAUUGAUGUAAAUAAGGAAAUACUGUCUUCUCUAAGAUCUGGUACAAAAUCAACUCAAGAUGAAAAUUCAGAGGAAACUCCCAAGACCAAUGCCAAGAGGAAACGCACUCCAGGAAAAGAAAAUGAGUCUGACACCAAGGAAUAUGGUCAAAACCUUGUUGGUUUACGGGUUAAAGUUUGGUGGCCUAAGGAUCGUGAGUUUUACAAAGGUUUCGUUGAUUCUUUUGAUUCUUCCAAAAAGAAGCACAAGGUCUCGUAUGAUGAUGGUGAUGAAGAAAUAUUAAAUCUUGGGAAGGAAAAAUGGAAGGUCAUUGAAUCUGACUCGGAUACAGAUGGGGAAGAAGGAAAUGAUCGUGCAAGUCUUGAUGCUUCGACUGAUAUGCACCCAAAGAAGAAAGGGAAAACUGCUGGUGAAUCAACUAAGAAAGGAAAGACGGAUGCUUCUUCCAGAAGUGGUGGAGCAGCAGCGUCCUGUAGAUCAAAGGGCUCGUCCAUGAAGUCUAGCCAUAAGUCCAAAGAUGGCAGCAAAUCCAAAGAUUCCAAGACUAUUAACAAAUCCGAGGAUGAAGUUAGUGGAAAAUCUAAGGACAGCACUCCCAAAAGUGGUAGCAGUAAAUCUAUUGCUGCAGCACAAAAAGUGUCUAGCAAAUCAAAGAACACUAAUAGUUCCAAGACAAGCAAAUCAAAGAAUGAAGAUAUUAGCACGUCAAAACUUUCUGCCAAGUCUAAGCAAGAAACCCCCAAGAGCGGAAAAUCCAUGCAAGAAACCCCUAAGACUGCUGCUUCCAAGGGAAAACCCCCCAAAAGUGGUGGAAAGUCCAAUGUCAAUGGUACUGGCAAGGUGAAAUCCGGUAUAUUGAAGAGAGAAGAUUCAGAGAAUGAGAACUCAGAUGUUUCAGCAAGAAAGGUAGAAGAUACAAAGGGCAAGAAGGCAAGUUCAUCGAAGGGACAAGGAAGCGAGACCAAGAGUGGAAAGAAGCGUAGGAGAAGCUAAGUGGAUAUUAUUCUUGCUGUUUAUACCUUAACUGCGUGCUUGUCUUCUGCUUAUCAUAGUACUCUUCCUUACAGCAUUUAAAUAUUUCUUUCGCCGGCCUGAGUCCUCAAGUGAAUCUCAAAGCCGUGUAGGUAUCUGUUCAUUUGUGGUAAUUAUCUCGUUGUUGCUAGCAUUGAUAUCCUUAGUUAAGUUAGUUUAGUUGUAGUAUGGGUUAGGAUACUUAGUUCUUGUUCUUCAUAUUUUGGAUGGAUGUUUUUUUUUGAAUGCAACAGCUGAGAACAUUUGGUUAGCAGCCUUCAUUGGAAGAUUGCUUUGGCACUCCCCGAUUCUGACAGGUUUAUCAGAGUUUGUACAUUGAUAAGUUAAGCCGUGUUUAUUGUUGAGAUAAUACUUACAGCAUAAUUGAUGUGGUUGAGCUAUUAAAGUUAAGGCACUAACUUGAGAAUAACCUAAUAUUUGUUCGGUUUAUUUAGUUUGCAUGCUUGAGUGUUCAACGUUAGCGGGUAAAUGAAAA